UGGAAGCACAAGUUACUACAUAAAGUUAACAUGUCCUGAGAUGACAAACUGGACCUAGAUGAGGGUUAAUUAUCCUUCAAAAAGAGUACAAAAAUGUAUGAAGACAUCAACAACGGAUAAUGAAGACAAUGAAAAACAACUUGCUUUGGCUUUAAAUAACAAUCUAUGGGUGAGCAUUGUUCUGAGUGAAUGUUUGUUCCCCAAGCUGGACUUUGAUCGCCUGUCAUAUUUCUAAACUCUAGAUGAACUUUAUUUGGAAAGUAAUGCUGCUGGUUCCUGAUUUGAGAGUCCUGCUACCAGAGACUGAUGACUGAGAGAAGAUGUCCGCUAGUGCAAAGAAGAAGCACUCAUCCUCUGCAAUCUCCAACUCUUCCACUCUUACUCAGUCUCAGCGCUAUCCUCUUUCAACCCCUCCUCUUACUCUUAGGUCUCUUCAGCUAGUUGCUAGGCAACCACAAGCACCUGUUGUGCUGCGGGAGCGUAGAAAGGUCAAAGGUCAGGUCUCUGCCAUUCGGGAGUCCUGGCCACGCGCCACUCCAACAUCCAACCAGAGAUCUCUGACUCCACCCUCCAGAGCUCAAUCGAUUGCAGAAACUCGUCAACGAUCCUCCAGCAGGCCGAGAUCGGAGAUCGUCUCAUUACCUCCAACUGCCUCGGUGUCCCAGAAUCCUCAGUUUCCUGCGGCCUCUCUUCAUCGGUCAGUUCCUGCUAGAGCCUCGCCCAAUGGGCGACGUUCUGAUUAUACCAUGAUCUCACUACUGCUGUUUUGCCACAGCUCCUCCAGUCUUUUGGAGAUUGAUGGUAAAAUCGAACAGGCUAUGGAUCUGGUGAAGGGUCACUUAAUGCUGGUGGUGCGUGAGGAGGUGGAGCUUUUAAGAAGGCAACUUAGAGAGCUACAGGAGAAGAACCAGCAGCUGGAGAGAGAGAACCACAUCCUGAGAGCACUGACCCAAAACAUCUACUUAACAACAAAGCACACAGAAUCUAAAUAAUAUUUUGCACAAAUGGACAGUUACAUUGUUUGCAUUAUUUACGAAGUUAGAAUAAACUGAUCUGAACAGUAAAAGUUCCCAUCCCUCAAGGUAAAGGAUGUUAUAAGGAAAUGAAGUAAACCUUUUGGCGGUGGAAGGCUACAAAUAACUAAUGGGUAUUGAUAUUUUUUUUUCAUGUUGUUUUGCAGUUUGUUUUAUAAUAAUAAUAGAAAUUUGAAUAUUUAUAUUAUAUAAAUAAUAUUAAUAUUUACUUCAGUCUAGAUAGCAGAGCGAUGUUUCAUUGCUGAUAAGGGAGACUGAUGAGGUAGCCAGUAUUCAGCACGUAGAUAUUUUGCAUGGUGAUACAAAUAUUACUGUUCCAAACAGAAACAAACUUUACAGCAGUAUCGUUUAAAAGUGUGGAACACUUUUAACAAAUAAAUUUCUUGUUUCAAACGAGUAUUGCAAUUUGAAUUGUUUUAGUUUCAUUGCUAGAAUCAGAACAGAUAAGCUGCUAGGCUUUGGUGCUUUUAUAUAUUUUUAUAAACUCUCAGAUCUAGGAUAAUGUAGGUAGGGUAACCGUUCCUUAUUAGCUAGAGACUCAGUUGCAAAAAUAUUGAACUUUUGAUUAAAAACAACUGUGGUCAGGUUAUCAAUUUUAUUGCAAACUAGUAAAGACCAGUAGUGGCUUUUAUCGAGUCCUUUUAUGUUUUAAAUUUGCUUUCUUUAAAUCUGUUUCUUGACCAACAUAUUUAUCACAUUGAAAUGACUCAACAAACUCAAAAGCUAAAACAAAAACAAACAGAAAAUCGGGAACUUAAAUGACAACUACACCUUCUUUGUUUUACUUACACACUUAUGUAGUAACACAUAUCAAUAUUCCACACUCCUGAGCUUCCUUACUGCUUAUCUCACAUUGUUGUCAUGUUAUCAUAAUUAAAAGGUUGACAUUUUGACAACAGAUCUGCUUUGUGCUACUAAGAUGCCAAUGAAUGAAAAUAU